GAGAAAGAGAUGAGGACACCAGCACUAUGCAAUUGAGCUCUUCCUCAUGAGAAACAUAAACUGUAUGCAACCUAUAGCAAUGUACUAGUUUCCAGUGUCAUCAAGUCCUCUUUAGACGGAGAAGCUCGUUUCAAUUUUUUUUUACAAUACCAAUUUGAUCCACACGUGGAAACACGUUUCGGAAAUGAGCAAUUUUGCCCUACUGUUUUGUUUUGCUUUCUUAACUUUGUCCUCGUGCACAGCGCUGAAGAGGAACGACGAGCCUAUUAUCGGUGUUUUAGCGCAGGAGGUAUACUCGCCUCGACCGCAGAAUGCGUCUUAUAUAGCCGCAUCGUAUGUCAAGUUCCUGGAGACUGCUGGUGCAAGAGUCGUCCCUGUGAUGAUAAAUAAGACACUGGAAGAGUACAAAACAGUGUUCAACUCCAUUAAUGGAAUACUCUACCCUGGUGGAGGUGUUAGCAUCCUCACAUCUGGGUAUGCAAAGGCUGCUAGAAUCUUUUAUGAGCUUGCCAUAGAGGCCAACUCAAGGGGUGACUAUUUCCCUGUAUGGGGCACGUGUCUUGGAUUCGAGGAAUUGACGUACCUGACCAGUGGAAAGAUGCUUCUGUCCCACACCAAUACCAGUGGUGUGGCAUUGCCACUGGUGUUUACUAACAGAUCAAGAGAGAGUAGGAUGUUCAAGGGCUUCCCAUCAGAGCUCCUGGAUGCACUGGCCUCUGAGCCAAUUACUGAAAACUCCCAUAAAUGGAGUCUCCCUUUGGCGAUUUAUAACAGCAAUGCAGACCUUAGGAAGUUCUACAAAGUCCUGACCACAAGCAGUGAUGGGAUAAACGAGUUUGUGUCAACUAUGGAAGCAUAUAGCUUCCCCAUCUAUGGAACCCAAUGGCACCCUGAAAAGAAUACAUUUGAAUGGACAAAGCCGUACAUUCCACACUCUCCAUUGGCUGUAAAGGUUACUUUCUUCAUGGCCGAUUUCUUUGUCAAUGAAGCUAGAAAAAACUUUCACAAAUUUGAGGAUGAGGAGGUGGAGAAGAGGGCACUGAUAUAUAACUACAAUCCUGUGUACACUGGAAUCAAGUCAGCCUUUGAACAAAUAUAUUACUUUUGAAAUGAGUGUCUUUUUGAUACUUUAAAGUAGAAAUUGUGGACAAAUAUUGAAUUUUAAAAGCCUGUUAUUAAUAACUAUUGAUUUUUUUUUAUAUUAAUAAAGACUUCCUGAAUUGCCAAAGAUGCCCUCUGCAUCCUCUGUGACUUCUAGGAAGAUGUUAACCCCAACAUUUCUCCAAGUUCACCAUCAUUGUAAAGCCCUAGUUAUUAGUAAUUUAUUUUAAGGUGAAGAAAAUAAAAUAAACUGCCACAUUUUCAGGUCAACUCUGUUACUUGAACUGAACUCUUGAUUUUUUCCCCCCCGAGACAUUGCAUAUCUCAUUGUCAAGUCGGUGUAAAAGCAGGUGAGCUGGUUCUACUCUUUUAACCCAUGUUCUGGUGUUUUGUGGUGAAAAACUGAGCAGGCCGAGCACAACACUUCAACCCUGUUACCCAUAGAUGGUCAGGCUGGAAAGGUUAUAACAAUGUUUUUUUGUGAAGUUUGAAUUCAACUGCCCCUCCCUGUUGUACACAAGCUUCCAUUCCCCCCGGUCACAAAGAAAUGUAUGGCUGAUUUAAGAUAAGGUAGUCAACCCUGUUACUUUAUUUGGCACUAUAGUUUUUUAUUUAACCUCUUGAGAUGGGGAAAUUUGUUUCAUUAAGUUGAACAUGUGCUCUUUAUGACAAUGUUAAAAUAAGUUAAAUAAAAUAAAUCAAACUUCUCAAAAGGAACCUAAUUGGUGGAACGACCCAAAUUAUUGUUCUUAAUGGUACUGAUAUAAACCUACAAUCCUGUUCACUGGAAUCAAGUCUGCCUUUGAACAAUAUUACUUUUUUGUGAGUAUGUAAUUUAACAUGUUUAUUUCAAUAAUUGUAAUGGUAUUUAUGCAGCAACACUUAAUGUACAUUUCUGUCAAUUAAAAGCUUAAUGUUUGAUUUGUAUAUUUUGGAUUAAAGGUUUUACAAAGAAAGUAGGCUAACUGAGAACAAUAAAGUUGUUCGUAUGUCUGUUUUUGGUUUGUUCAAAAACAAUCUUAUUCUUAUAUUAUCCAACAAAACAGUUGGUUGAUUUGUGUAGCUUGAGGAUGAAAUGUUUUUCUAUGAAACAAUUCAAAGCAGAGAGAACAUUCACAAUUGUGCAAUAAGAACCAAGAUAAACUACUUUUUAUUCUAAUAUUUA